AUGAAGGAUUUUCUAUCAAGUUCGGAUAGUGAUGAAGUUGAGAUAAUGAUGAGUAGAAACUAUCGAGAAGUUGAAGAUGAUGGUAUCGGGGCUGCAAUUGGAGUACAACAAUGUGAUAUGAAUGUGCUACAUGUGCCAAAUGUGAGAGAUGAAGUGAAUGUGGAAGAGGGAGUUGAUAUCGAAAAUGGAGUGAAUGUGGAAGAUCGAGCGGUGGAAGACCGAGUGAAUGUGGAAGAUGAAGAUAAUGUGGGAGAUGAAGAUGUAGUAAAUACGAUUUCUAGCUUGAGUAGUGAUCUUUUUGAGCCAUUUGUUGGGAAGGAGUUCGAUGAAGUAGAAGACGCCCAAGCCUUUUACAAGGCGUAUGCAAGACGGAAAUGUUUUGCAAUGAGGACCAACAAUACUCGAUUAUCAAAAGAGGACAGAAAACUAAUUUUAGUAGAGUAUGUUUGCUCAAAGGAGGGAUUUCGGCAUGAAAGUCAGAAACCAAAAAAAAAAAUCCCGAACCUGAUGAGACAAAGAUUGAGUGUAAAGCAACAAUGUGUAUAA